UACUGCAGGGACAUGUUAACCAUUUGCUUAAACUUGAUGGUGCAAAGGAUAGGUUGCAACUCUUCAAGGCUGAUUUAGUAGAAGAAUGUUCUUUUGACUCUAUUAUUCACGACUGUCACGGGUCUUUCAUAUUGUUUCACUGGCUCGUUUUGUUGUUGACAACCCUCAUCUUUUGUUGAAGUUAUUGGUAUUGUUAGCAGUGACAAGUCCAUCCAAGCUGAGUUAUGGACCAACUUUGGCGAUGAAAUUGAUAUGUUCAGCUACCAUAAGCUCUGUCAGCUUGCAAAUGGAGAAUUCAAACACUUGUUCCUGUGACUUGAGUUACAACAACCUUAUCUCACUAUCAGAUGCGAAUGGAGGAUUUAAACAAAGGUUUUUGUUUUAGUGGUAACCACAGCUCAACACGUUGCUUCUUCUCACACAGUCCUAUAAAGUUCUAAAUCAAGUAACCGAAUAUAUUCACUUGGAUUGGCUCAGUCCCUUAUCGAUCAUUGUCUUUCUUCUUCUGCUUCCAGUUAUUUCUCACCAGAGAGACAAUGACAUCUUCCGUAAUUGAAAAUGGACACGAUGAGGCUAAACACGAACCGUCCGAUUUGAUCGCUGAGAAAAUGAAUCAUGCGGUUGUGAAUCUUUUGCUUCCGAAUGAAACGUUCUUGAAAGCUGCGAUUUCUCUGAAAGACGAGGUGGUGGAGGUAAAUUGGAAUCGGCGGGAAGUGGUUGAUCCGACGGUGUAUACCGGUUUGCUUGGUACGGCUUUUACUUGCUUGAGGUCGUUUGAGGUUACCGGUUGCCGUGAGGAUUUGUUGUUAUGCUCGGAGAUUAUUGACAUGUGUGUCACUGUCGCACGUGCCUCCCUCAGACACGUGACAUUUUUGUGUGGUAGAGGAGGAGUAUGUGCCCUUGGAGCUGUCGUUGCUAAUUACAUGGAGGAAGAUCAUAUGGCUUUUGUGUUAGACUACUUGUUUUAGUGGUAACCAUAAGCUCUGUCAGCUUGCAAAUGGAGAAUUCAAACACUUGUUCCUGUGACUUGAGCUUUUUUACUUCUGUUUUCUUUAGAAAUUUUGAGCUUUUUUUUUACCACAAAAAUAAUGAAGUAGCAAGAAAUACUACUUGUUAUUAACUUUGUAGUAGAAUUUAUAGUAACUUAUUGUUCAAUAAAUUUGU